AUGGACGCAGGCGGAUCCUGCAAGGCGCCGUCUGGCCAGGACCAAUGGAGCCCUUUUGGCCUCAGCCCCACGAGUGUUGCCUUGCUCGCCCUCCCGCUCGGCUUGAUCCCCUUUUUCGUCCUCUUCGGAAUACCCGCUCUAUGGCAGGCCUUGGGCUCCGUAGGGGGCACAUACCUGCGAAACAAAACAGAUGGUAGGAGAGCACAGCUGCUGGAGGUUAUGGCCGAGGACGAGAAGAGCUAUCUGAGCAACGGGAAGACGGGCAAUGACACAGAGGAGGAGACAGAGAAGGGCAAGAAAGAUAUUUGGAAGAAGAUCGAGGCCUCUAUACAGGGAAAAGUGCCCAUGGGCGACAAAGCAGACAGGGAGUGGUCCGGCAUCGUGGGAUUCUUCCACCCUUUCUGUAAUGCUGGAGGUGGAGGCGAAAGAGUUCUCUGGGCUGCCAUCCGGGCUACACAAAAGCGGUGGCCCAACGCCAAAAUCGUCGUGUACACGGGCGACCACGAGGCUUCUAAGGAGCAAAUCUUGGGUCGAGUUAAGGACCGAUUCAACGUGCACUUGCACCCACCUAGCAUCCAGUUCCUCUAUCUGUCAACCAGACACUGGGUCCUGGCAUCCACAUGGCCGCGCAUGACGCUGGCCGGCCAGUCCUUCGGAUCCUUAAUUUUGGCGUGGGACGCCUUCUCCCUCCUCGUCCCGGACAUUUUCAUCGAUACAAUGGGCUAUGCAUUCUCGCUGGGCCUGAGCAAAUGGCUGUUCAAGAAUGUCCCGACCGGCGCAUACGUCCACUAUCCGACAAUCUCAACCGACAUGCUCGACUCGCUCGACCCCGCCCACCCUCUCGGAGCGCAGGGCGUCAAUGCAGGCCAGGGUACAGGCCUCAGGGGCUCCUUGAAGCGCAGGUACUGGCAGCUCUUCGCCAAGAUCUAUGCCAUGAUGGGUGCAACCGUCGACGUGGUCAUGACCAACUCCAGCUGGACCCAGGCACACGUCACCUCGAUCUGGGGUCCCGGCCGGAGGGAGGCCUCAAAAACCGAGCCCAUCGCCACUGUAUACCCUCCAUGCGCCGUCGAGGAGCUCGAGGAGGAGGUUGAGGUGUCGGCACCAAGCGAGUCGAAGCGGCAAAAGAAUCUCCUCUACAUCGGGCAGUUCCGGCCGGAGAAGAACCACCCGCUGAUCCUGGAGGCGUUCGCGCAGUUCAUCAAGGCCGGCAGCGAGGCGUCGAAGGGGGCGCGGCUGGUGCUGGUGGGCAGCGUGCGCGACGACCAGGACUCGAAGCGCGUCUACAAGCUGCGGCUGCUGCUGCGCGAGCUCGGUGUUGACGGCCUCGUUGACUUCCAGCUCGACGCGUCAUGGACCGACAUCCUCGGCUGGCUGGGCCGGUCGCAUGUCGGUGUCAACGGCAUGUGGAACGAGCACUUUGGCAUCGGCGUCGUCGAGUACCAGGCCAGCGGCCUCAUCUGCGUCGUACACGAUUCUGGCGGGCCCAAGCUGGAUAUCGUCAAGGAGGUCGACGGGCGACCUACGGGAUUCCAUGCCACAACUGCGGCUGAGUUUGCCGCGGCCUUCGAAAAGGCAUUGACCGUGGAGAAUCCCCUCGAGAUGCGCCUGCGCGCCCGCGAGUCGGCGUGGAGGUUCAGCGAGGGCGAGUUCGCGCGCAAGUGGAUCGAGCAGACUGCUAAGCUAGUGAACAUGACGAAGUCUUAG